AUCAACCAAAAAGGUGUGUUUCAGUUCUUUCUUUAAACCCAGAUGGUUUCUAUGUCAAUUUUGCUCCAGCCUUGGUUUGAACAGUAGCUCUAAAAUAUCUAGGAUGGCAGCUCAAAAUCUGAAGGUGUUUGGUCUUAUACUGGCGGUGGAAGUAAUAUUUUUUAUUGUUAUCUCCCACAAAAAUGACCAAGGGGGUGAAAAUGGGAGAGUCCUCUUGGGAAAAGAACUGUCCAAAAGUGCAGGCAGAUUAUUCAAUGGAUUUAUUCCAAGAAUGGAACAGUUGAAUCGGCAGCCUGGUUUACCCACACAGACUGGAAAAAUUGAUGAAACUAACAUUUAUUCAUUGAGACAUGCUUUACCUCGAAGAACAGCUGCUGGGACCCCAAUUCCCAUCAUGAACAAGAGUUCCUUCAGCAAGCUUCCUCGAUGGGCUUUUGACGAUGUAUAUAAUUUUGAUGCUCCUCCGAGACCAACAACAUGUGCCAAGUCUUUGCGCCACUCCAAAGACAAGACUUUCCAGAGAAAUUUCCUUCCCAACAUACGCAUGUUUCUGCACAAAGAAAACUUCAACAUAACAGAGUGGAACCGGCUUUCACACUUCAACAGUCCUUUUGGAUAUAUGGAAAUGAAAUAUGAUGAUAUAUUGCCUGUAGUGAAGCUGAUCGAGAAGCCAAAGGAACCGCUGCUCCUCCCAAAAGCAGGCGGUGAUGGCUGUGUGCGCUGUGCUGUGGUGGGAACCGCAGGCAUCAUGAACGGCUCAAAAACGGGAGCGGAGAUUGAUGCUCAUGACUACGGAAUAAAGUAUGUCCUAAUUCCUGAGGGUCUGAGGGAUUUCCAGUGGCUCCAGGGUCUUUUAAAAGGAGAAAAUGUUUCCUCUGGUGAAUAUCUAGAUCAUGAACCCAGAGGUUAUUAUUCGGGACAGUUCAAUGAGAGCCACUUCUAUGUUCUACACCAGGAUUUUUUGCGAUAUGUUCGAAACAGGUUUUUAAACUCAAGUAAUCUCAACGGAGAACACUGGGCGCUUGUACGACCAACCAACGGGGCAUUCACUCUCUUUCUGGCUCUGCACACUUGCGACACAGUGAGUGCCUAUGGAUUCAUGACUGACGACUACAACAAAUACUCGAGCUACUACGUUGAAAAGCAUCUGAGGAGCGAAGUAAUUUUCUAUAUUAACCACGACCUCAUUUUAGAGAAGAAUCUGUGGAAGAGCUUUCAUGAUAAGAAAAUAAUGAAGCUGUAUCAAAGAACUGGAUAACAAGUAAUGGAAAAUGGUGGUGGAGGUUCUCAGUCAUCCAAGUCAUAGUCAUUCCAAAAAAAUCAAACUCGGAAACAAAGUCCAGAGGAUUGUUUUUAAUUUUUUGGACAUAAUGGAAAAGCAAAAGGAUCUGUGAUUAAUCAAAGCUGGCAGGUUGAACAUGACGAAUAUAGGAGAACUGUUUUAUCAUCUAGACAAAAUAUUAUGGGCAUUAUUGUUGUUACAACUGUCCUUACUUUAGGCUUAUUUUGCAGCUAACAGAGACUUAAAAUCUUUACAAGUGGCACAAAUAUUUCUAAAGCUAAAG